AUGGCAUCCACUGCAGGAGAAGACGAAGAUGACUACCUCAACAUGACAUUCGACGAGCACGAGAAAGCCUCGAAGAAGGAAACACUAACCCAGAGGAAGAAGCGAUUGGCCCGCGAAGCAGAAGAAAGAGGAAGACCUAAAUCAAAGGCACAGAUCGCUGAAGAAGAACGCGCAAAACGCGAAGCAGCUUUGAACAAUGCGAAUGUUGAUCAAAGUAGCAAGGCUUUCAAGAUGAUGGCAGCACUAGGAUACAAACCAGGUAGCGCGCUUGGAAAAGUGGCUCCUGGUGGCAACGUUACUUCAGACAAGAGACUACUUGAGCCGAUUGCCGUUGAUAUGAAAGAGGACAGAAGUGGUAUUGGCGCAGACUCGGAAAAGAAACGAAAGUUUCGUGAAGAGGUCGAAAGACAAGCAAACUCUGAGAAACGUCAAAAAGUAGACGCAGAAGAGUUCCGUAUACGCCAGCAACAAGAACGAGAAGAAAAGCACCAGGAGGGACAAUUCUAUGGCGCUAUGAAAGUUGCCGAACGACUUGAAGAUGAAGAGCUGGCCGACGAGAGGUCACUCCAGCCACGGACGAGCCGUCUUCUGGGUAGCUAUAAUGUCCUCUGGCGUGGCCUUAUCAAGCAGCGCAUGCUCGGCGAAAGAGACCGGCGUAUGCGACACGAUAUGACCCAGUCUCUAUCCAGAUUACCGACCUAUGACGAUCCGGACGAGGAAAGAGAGGAUCAGAUUGCACUUAGUCGCAAAGACCUUGUUGAGGAGGCUGAUAUUGAGCUCGACCAGGAAGAUAAAGAGCUUGAGGAAUUCGAGGCUUUGCCGAUUGAUGAGAAACUGCAGAAGCUUGUAUUAUACCUUCGAGAGCACUGGCACUACUGCUUUUGGUGCAAGUACAGGUAUCCCGACGAUGCCAUGGAAGGCUGUCCGGGUGUAUCUGAGGAAGAGCAUGACUGA